GUUCACUCUUGCAGUAUUUUUUUUAAUCUUAAACAUGUUUCAUUGGCUCUCCUUUGGGGCCCUCAUUCUGUAAAAUAUAAGAAAAAAGAAAGCUUCUUUGGAGCCUUUGAGAUUCCUAGUAGCUAUCCACUACAUAAAACACGUUUUCUGUGCGAACUUGGGAUUCAUAUAUAUAUAUAUAUAUAUGUGCUGUAAAAGUAUUUAUUUGAGCUGGAAAACUUGAUCUUAGAGAGAGAGACAGAGAGAGCUUUAGAAAUAAUGGUGAAAAGUGCGUAUUAUGACAAAAAUGGAGUGAAGAAAGGUGCGUGGAGUCCAGCAGAAGAUAAUAAGUUAAGGGAAUAUGUAGGGAGAUAUGGCCAUUGGAACUGGAGAGAACUUCCCAAGUUUGCUGGGCUAUCAAGGUGUGGGAAGAGUUGCAGGCUAAGAUGGAUGAAUUACCUCCGGCCAGAUGUGAAACUGGGAAAGUACACCAAAGAAGAAGAUGAAAUAAUCAUCAAGUUACAUGAAGAACUUGGGAAUAAGUGGUCCAUAAUUGCCUCAAAACUACCAGGAAGAACAGAUAAUGAAAUAAAGAACCAUUGGCACACCCACCUAAAGAAACGAGGAAAGGAAAACCAGACGACGUCGUCUAAGAUGAAAGAGCAGGAGCUGAACAGUGAAGACUCAGAAGCUGAAAGUAAUACUCCUGCUGAUCAUCAUCAAGCUGGCCCCUCUCCCUAUAUCUUGGAGAGCUCUCCAGUGUCCCCUGAAACAUGUUCGAGUGAUUUCUCCUCCUUGAGCUCUCAUCAUCAUGCAAUUCAAUCAGGAACAAAUUGCUGCGCCGUCGAAGACACUCUUGCUUCCUCAGAAACACCUGAAUUUGGUGGAGAUUUUUGGACACAACCAUUUGUAGCCGACAACAGCAGCUUCAUCCAAAAUAGUUGUCCUUCAUCAGUACCCUUCUUGGACGGGGGAUUCGUGUCGCCGUAUGUUUCAUAUCAUGAUGAUGGCAUAGAUUUGUUUUGGGAUUUGGGUUUGUAAGAGAUUUGCGUGCAGUUACUUCAAUUCUAUUUUGCGGAUUAAUAUGGUUUA